UUCCAACCCAAGUCCCAUCCCAAGUCUCAACCCAAGUCUCAACCCAAGUCCCAUCCCAAGUCCCAUCCCAAGUCUCUACCCAAGUCCCAUCCCAAGUCCCAUCCCAAGUUCCAACCCAUGUCCCAUCCCAAGUCUCAACCCAAGUCCCAUCCCAAGUCCCAUCCCAAGUCUCUACCCAAGUCCCAUCCCAAGUCCCAACCCAAGUUCCAACCCAUGUCCCAUCCCAAGUCUCAACCCAAGUCCCAUCCCAAGUCCCAUCCCAAGUCUCUACCCAAGUCCCAUCCCAAGUCCCAUCCCAAGUCUCAACCCAAGUCCCAUCCCAAGUCCCAUCCCAAGUCUCAACCCAAGUCCCAUCCCAAGUCCCAUUUCAAGUCUCUACCCAAGUCCCAUCCCAAGUCCCAUCCCAAGUCUCAACCCAAGUCCCAACCCAAGUCUCAACCCAAGUCCCAUCCCAAGUCCCAUCCCAAGUCCCAUCCCAAGUCUCAACCCAAGUCCCAUCCCAAGUCCCAUCCCAAGUCUCUACCCAAGUCCCAUCCCAAGUCUCAACCCAAGUCCCAUCCCAAGUCCCAUCCCAAGUCUCUACCCAAGUCCCAUCCCAAGUCCCAUCCCAAGUCUCUACCCAAGUCCCAUCCCAAGUCCCAUCCCAAGUCUCAACCCAAGUCCCAACCCAAGUCUCAACCCAAGUCCCAUCCCAAGUCCCAUCCCAAGUCUCAACCCAAGUCCCAUCCCAAGUCCCAUCCCAAGUCUCAACCCAAGUCCCAACCCAAGUCCCAUCCAAGUCUCAACCCAAGUCCCAUCCCAAGUCCCAUCCCAAGUCUCUACCCAAGUCCCACCAAGUCCCAUCCCAAGUCCCAUCCCAAGUCCCAACCCAAGUCCCAACCCAAGUCCCAUCCCAAGUCUCAACCCAAGUUCCAACCCAAGUCCCAACCCACGUCCCAUCCCAAGUCACAUCCCAAGUCCCAUCCCAAGUCCCAACCCAAGUCCCAACCCAAGUCUCAACCCAAGUCCCAUCCCAAGUCACAACCCAAGUCCAAACCCAAGUCCCAACCCAAGUCCCAUCCCAAGUCCCAUCCCAAGUUCCAACCUAAGUCCCAACCCAUGUCCCAUCCCAAGUCCCAACCCAAGUCCCAACCCAAGUCCCAUCCCAAGUCACAACCCAAGACCCAACCCAAGUCACAACCCAAGUCCCAACCCAAGUUCCAUCCCAAGUCCCAUCCGAAAUUCCAACCCAAUUUCCAACCCAAGUCCCAUCCCAAUCCCAACCCAAGUCCCAACCCAAGUCUCAACACAAGUCCCAACCCAAGUCCCAACCCAAGUCCCAACCCAAGUCUCAACUCAAGUCACAACCCAAGUCCCAACCCAAGUCCCCACAGACUGCCACCCGCAUCACAAACAUAA